GGCGUCGACGUAAGCGAGCCUUUCAACAAGAUGUCCCCUGACCUGGCGGCGCCGGGAAGGCAAAGCUCGGCAGAACCCGCGCACGGAGUGCGGCGGCCCCAGAGCAGAGCGCGAGGCAGCGCGAGCGCAUUCCCCCAUCUUCGACGACGGCGCGCGACCGAAGCACAGCGCGCUGCUCCGACGCCAGGUCCCGCGUCCGGCGCCCGCGGCGCGCCCCAGGCGCCCGCCGCAGCCGGCCUGCCGCCACCAGCCCAGCUGCCUUGCCCGUCUCGAGCCGGCCGUGCAUUAGAUGCUGCGGUGGCGGCGCAGCCCCCCGCCGGCAGGUCACACGCCCGGGCCCACGCGGCACACGGCAGCGGCCACGGCUGGCGCGGGCUGACGCUUCCAUGGGCGUCGGGGAACACCGGCGGCAUUGCCACAGGCGCGGCAGCUGCAGGACGCAGAGUCGUUUCCAAGCGCGGCUCCGGGGCAGCCGAGGUGCAGGAGGAGAUGGCUUCGGCACUUGCGGCGGCGCUGCGUAAGAGGCCGACAUCAGCAGCAGCAGCAGCAGUAGCAGGCCGGCUUAGGGCUAGUGUUGAGGGUUUGGACGGCGCUCGGCGCAGCAGCAGGUCCGGCCGCCACAUGCCACCUGGAGCCGGUGUGGCUGCGGCGCCUGCUGCCGCCCCGCCGGCACAGCCGCCAAGUCCCACCUCGGGGCCCUUGAACCGGCGAGGCCGGCCAGCCGCACACCAGGAUGGUGACACGGUGCGGCCAGGCCGCCGCAGAGUGCACUCCGCGCCGCCGCCCGUGCAACCAGAGCUGCGGCGCCGCUCGUCCAGUGGGCAGGAUCGGGUUGCUGGUACACCGCAGGCAGCGGAUGCACCAGCGCCGUUGCUGUCGCAGAGGGCUAACGCCCAUGCCGGCCUGCAUCGACGUCAGGACCAGAACCAGCGGCAAAGACGACAACAGCAACAACAGGGGCGGUCCCAAGAGCAGCUGCUGCAACAGCAGCCAUGGGAGGCGCCCCCGCUCGAGACUACAUCCAUGGAUGCCGCCUACCCACGCCUGGCACUGGCGGUGCGCGAGGGGCAGCGCUGGUGGCCACACCUGGCCGACGUGUCGAUUGCGGUGCGGGCGGCUCGAGCGGCUGCGGAUGCCGCCGCACUGCGUGCUCUUGGAGUCGCCCUCGAUGCCUCGAAGGAGGUGGAGGAGGGGGAGGCAGAGGCGGAGCAGGCAGCAUGUGAGCAGGGCCGUGGGGAUGCGCUGCAGGCCGCCGGCACCGAGGCGGUGUGGGCCAGAGCCGAGGCCUGGGAUGCAACCGGCGGCCCAGCGCAACCCAGCAGCAGCACCUUCGCAAGCAGGGACGUUGCAGCUGCUACUGCUGCUGCUGCUGUCGCAGCAGACGCCAUGGCUGGGGCCCUUGAAGGCCGCAGGCGGGGCCUGGCGGCAGCAGCAGCAGCAGUAGCCCCCGCGCCUGGGCCGGCACAUGCGCAUGUGCGACCGGGGCGGCGCCAGCAGGAGCCGUCGACAAAGCGGCCUAAGCGCCAGUCCGCGCCAAACGACAACAACGCAGGCGCAAGCAGCUCUGCCGCGGUGCCGGAGCCAUCGGCCGCAGCGGACUUGGCUGCGGCGCAGCGGCGGAUGCUGUCGGCGCGCUGCGGCCCGCUGCGGUGGCUGCCGAGCGGCCGGCCGGCUGCAGGUCUGGCCCAUGCAGCCCUCAGGGACUACCUGGCGGCCGGCGGAGGCAGCAGCCGCACGGCAAGCGCGGCCAGUGGCGGUGCGGCCGAACGCGGCGGCGGCGGCGAUGGCAGCGGCGGCGGUGGCGGAAAUGCUGCCGGCCCAGUGGCUGCUGCUGCUGCCGCUGUCGUCAAAGUGGCGGGGCCGGCCGCUGCUGGCAGGCGACUGCGGUUUGCUGCGCUGCGUGGCGACCCCGCACUCCCAGAGCUGGAUCUACCAGCUGCAGCCGCAGCGCCUGCAGCAGCAGCAGCAGCAGCCGGAGAGGUUGCAGCUGGGCCGCCGGCUGCCGCGCCUGAUGCCCACCAGGAGGCGCGGGCGGCCGAGCUGGCACUGCUGCGCUGCCCGCAUCCCUCCUGGGCGGUCCGGGCCACGGCCGGCGACGCGGGCGGCGGCGCUGGGCGCUACUGGUGGCCGGGUGUGCUGACGGCGGGCCGGCUGGGUGCGGGCGUGAGCAGUCUUCCUUUGGAGCAGCCUUACAUGGCCGCAUGGUUCCGGUCGCUACUGAGCAGUGGAGGAGGAAGGGGAGCCAAGGCGCCUCAGCAGUGCCAAGUGCGCGUGCAGGUGGAGCUGAAUGGAGUGCUGCUCCUGCAAGAUUACGACGUCGCGGGCCAGGGCCGCGCCCCACCUCAGGCGCCGCCGUCUGCCGCCUCGAUGCCGCCCCUGCGUCAGCGCUGCCAGCAGCAACUGCCGCCCAACCUGCAACACCAGGGCCCGCAGCAGCAGGACCCGCAGCACCAGGGCCUGGAGCAUGGGUCGCAGCGGCCGCUGGUGGUUGAGGCGCUGCUGAAGCGCUCCUCCGACGUGCCAUCAGGCGGCCGCGUGUUCGGAAUGCCGCCGGAGCUGCUGGCUGGCAGGUACGUGCGCGGCUGGCGGCGGGAGCGGGGUCGCCGCGCCGCCGCAGACCAGCAGGGCAGCGACAGCCCCAGCGGCCAGCUAGGGCAGGGCGACGUCAGCGACGGACCCGAGCCCGAAGAAUGCCCCGCCAGCGGCCGACAAGAGCAGCUGAGGGGCCCUAGCAAUGGCGCCACCGCAGUAGCGGGGGGAGCCAAGGCCAGCGGCACACCUGCCGCCGCGGUGGGGUCUGUGGCGGCCUCAGCGGCCGCGCGUGACGCUGUGGGCGACAGCCGUGGUGGGUUGCGGCGGCGGCGGAGGCAGUCCGCUCCUGCAGGUCUGGAGCCAGGCCCGGGACCGUCGCCGACGUCUUUGUCGGCCGCUACACAUGCGGUCGCAGCGCCUGCAGCCGCUGCCACCGCCAGCGGCCGCCGCGCUCGCGCGCCCAGUGCAUUGCUGGAGGCAGCCGCCUUAGGGGCGCAGGCGGCGACGGCGGAUGCAGCAGCACCCAUACCGCCUUCCGGCGAGGCGCGUCCCCGCCGGGCCGCAUCCGCCAAGCGGCCGCGAGGGGGCUCAGCGGACGAGGCUGGAAACGCAGCAGCCCGCAGGACGCCCGCCGCGCCGGCAGUGCGGGAGCGGGGCCCCGGGACGGCGCUGCUAACGCUUGUGCUCUCAACGCAUAACCCGACCAAAAUUGUGUGAGGCUGUGAGGCGCUCAACUGCCCAAAAUGUUAGGAGUUAAGAUGGAUCGGAACAACAUUGGAUGGACGUAAUGCACGUGGUGCUUGGUUGCAGGUGGAGAUUGCGGGUGUAGGGAAGCUGGCUCGGGUGUGAUACAGGGUGUGCUGCGCAUUAGCUCACAAACGGUUCCUAGGUUAUAUACGCCGGUAGGUGUAGACAAGACACAGCGGGAUGACUAAGUAGGAGAACCUGUGCAAAGGCUUGGAGGGCAGGAUCAGCGAGUACCGGUAAUGAUGGGUUGGGUUGGUCAUAGGGCUAGUCUAGUCAGGUUGUAAGGCUGCGAAGCGGUCAGGUGGGGUAGCCUGACGCUGAGCCGCAGUCAUGUCAUUGCGAUUGACCCAUGCACUAAGCUUGCUGAGGCUGUUUGUGCCUGGUUGUGCCCGGCGGUAGGCGGCACGCGCGCCGAUCGAUGUCCCUUUGCUAUGGGGCGCGGUGUGUAUCCAAGUGCUGUCAAAUGUGAGGAGACAGGACACGAGGUGGAGUCAGGUCAUCAGGCAUUGCUAUGGGGCCUGCGGUAGAGCGCAGGGAGCGACCUCGCAGUCAGGGCUGGGAUGUCGAGGGCCGCGAAGGCCCACUUUCAAGCAGCGCCAGUCCCCUCAAUCUGGACAGCAGUGCAAACCGCAAAACGGCAAAACUUUGACGCCAGUGCCAUGUGGGCAUGUGGCUGCUACUAAAAGCGCUCAUGCCCAGUUUCAUCUUCCUGAGGAACUAGAAAUCGU